AUAACAUCACAAAAGUCUUGAAAAAAUUUCUAUGAAUUCAGUUUGAUGCCGAACUCUUAAUAAUGGCAUUCUCAACACAAAAGGAAUUCUUUCACGUACAUUUUAUGAACGACAUUAACGAAUGCCCCGAAAAAUGCUUAAAUCUAAAGACGUACCCUUCUACUACAAACUACCGUUGUUGGUCGGGGAACGAGGAGAAGAAAUCGCGAUUCGUAGCCGAUCUGGUAGCGUGUAACAAAUUACCCAAUUCAGAUGACAAGCCUAUAACGGUUGAGGAGGAAUGCGCAGAUAUAAAGAGGAUUAUGAUUCAAUGUCACAAUUCAGAGAUGGUCAAGGCACUUAAAAUAAGGAUCAAGGAUUUGACAAUCUCCAAGCACAAACAAAACGAAAAGAAUUUAAAUGAAAUACAGAAAUGCAUCGACGAUAUGGUCAAAGCCCAGGAAAUUCUUGAAGCGGAAAAUUCCUACCUGAAACGGAUUAUCGAGAAACAAUCGGUUCGAGGCAGGCUUGAUAACCUACAAAUCGAUCGUGAGAAAAGCACUGACAUCCAUUAUCUUCAAAGCAAGAUCAACGAUAUGAAUAAAGAAGUAUCGCUUCUUCGGCAAGCCGAGGAAAUGCUUAUAAAGAAGUGCGUCAAGAUGUGUCGGGGUGAAGCUUCCGCUAGCGGUGAUGCCGGUUUUUUUAAGAAUGAUUUCUCCUUUGAACAAGAUAUUUUAAAUGCACAAAGAAUUCUGACAGAGCGCGAUGCCUUGCGUAAAAAAUGUCAAGAUUUGGAGGUACUUGGUGAUAAGGUUUAUGUACUGGAACAAAAAGCUAACAAAGCUGAGCAACUUUCUGCUAGUCUUGAGGACAGCAUAAACCAGCAGACCCAAUACAUAAAUGACAUGCAGCAGGAGAUGCAGUACAUGCAGAACUACUAUGAGAAUGAAGUGGACAAAGCUAAGGCAGUUGAGGAAGUUCUUAAAAUGGUCAAGGCACUUAAAAUAAGGAUCAAGGAUUUGGCAAUCUCCAACCACAAACAACAAAACGAAAAGGAUUUAAAUGAAAUACAGAAAUGCAUCGACAAUAUGGUCAAAGCCCAGGAAAUUCUUCAAGCGGAAAAUUCCUACCUGAAACGGAUUAACGGGAAACAAUCUAUUCGUGGCUGGCUUGAUAGCCUACAAAUCGAUCGUGAGAACAGCACUGACAUCCAUUAUCUUCAAAGCAAGAUCAGCGAUAUGAAUAUAGAAGUAUCGCUUCUUCGGCAAGCCUAG